ACGAGCCAACAACCUAAUCAUCAGAACACUCCAUUUCAGCUGGAUAAAUGUAUAAAACCGCGAGAAGGAGGCCGUGCACGCAAUCUGACAAAACAUAAAUUUGGCUCCUCCAGCUUCUUCACUCUCACCCAAUGCCAUCCAACGCCAUGCCUACCUGAAUUCUUGAGCUCAUCCUCUCCCGGCAUCAUCAUCAUCAUCAUCACCACCACCAUGCGCCUCGAGAUGUCACCCGACAACCUCCUCUUCUUCUGCUCCGUCGCGGCGUCGGCGGCCGCUGGAUUCUGCCUCUUCUCGCUGUACCGGCGGCUCGCGCGGCGGUGCCACCACCACCACGCGGCGCCUGCCGGAGGAUCGGAAGAGGAGGAGGAGGAGCGCCGGCGGCUGACCGCGGUGGCCUCCGGCCUCCCGGCGUUCAUGUACGACCGGCUGGUCCGGCACAGCGGCAAGGGCGCGAGCUGGACGGAGUGCGCCGUCUGCCUCGGCGUCAUCCAUGUCGGCGCCAUGGUGAAGCUGCUGCCGGCGUGCGCCCACAUCUACCACGUCGACUGCAUCGACCUGUGGCUGUCUUCCCACCCGACGUGCCCCCUCUGCCGGUGCAGGGUUGAUCAUCCUGGGCAGGGGCAGGAGACGGCCAGGCAGCUUGCCCAGCUUUCCCCAGCAUAGAUAGAAUUCACCACGUCUGCAAGAAAUGUAUUAGUUAGGAGUUAGGAUUCUAUUGGACUUUUUUCAAGAAAAAAUGUGCAUAUGCCGUGUAUCAAUUGAUGGAUGUGAAUGUAGUACCUGACUGGAAAUGUGGAUACAGUCAUCAGGGUUUCAUGAAUUUCUUCAGAUUGUUAAUAGACUUCAUUGCAAGAUGAGCUUUUACCAGAA